GCAACACAGACCAACGGCGACACCAUUGUACAAGUGAUAUACUUGCAUCUGUAAUUUCAGAACAGGGCAAACAACAAUAAUCUAUAUCCAGCGCACUUUCUCACCCACUUCGAGCAAAAAUGACUUGGAUCUCCAAGUCUAUCACGACCUUUGGUCUGGUUUUACUGGCACAUGCCUGCUAUUCAGCUCAUGAGCACUCAGCCCUGCACUCGACCGGCGCUCCCUCAGCUGCUGCGACGUCACCGACCGCAGGCCGGGCGUCGCCGGCGACCGCCGCGGCCACCACAUCCCUCCCCAUCGACAUCUCGAUCGAGACGGUGACGGCGCUGCUGAUCAUCUGCCUGGGGCUGGUUCUGGGAACUCCGCACCUGCGGCCGAUACAGUGGCGCGAGUGGGCGGGCAAGAUCGAGCGCGAGGGCGACAAGGAGGGCGACAAGGACUACGUGGGAAACCCGUACCGGUUCCUCGAAUCGAGGCCGGGCUUUGUGAACAUCAGGAAGCAGAGGAAAGACUUUGCGCAGUGGGUCAAGAGCGGGAACGAUGGAGCAAAGGCGUGA